GCCUGACCAUGCCUGUGUCCCUGCUGUGGGCAGUGGAUGUGUACGGGCGCGUGUACAGCCUGUCCACCGGAGGGCAGCAGUGGGAGCAGUGUCAUGAUGCCGUGUUAGAGUUUAAGAGGGUGACUGCCGUGCAGCAGUGUUGCUGGGGUAUCGCCUGUGACCACCACAUUUACCUGAAUGUCCACUCUAGUGAUGUACCCAUACGUUACCAGGAGGAGACAUACGAGAACCAGGUACAGGGUGUGUGUGUCCGCGGGACGGACAGGUUUAGGGUCAUGAAAUAGUGUGUGGAUGAAGGGCGGUGGGUGCCGGUUAAAUAAAAAGAAAACUAUUAAUAAAAAAAUCCAUCAAUGCAUAAUUAUUGUGCAAGUCAUAUCUAUAGGCUACAUUGAGGUUCUUCUUUCAUUAUUUGUAUCUUGUGUUCGUACGUAGCCUAAGCUUUAGGGCCUAACUGUAGGGCGCCAAAUAUACAGCAAUUUCCAAAUGCUUUUGAAAAAGUUACCCUCGAUCCACUGAGGCAAAAAGGAAAAUGUCGAAGUUUAAUUCAAUAAUAGGAAAGCUGCGAAACGGAGAGUUGAAAAUAAAUAGAAGGGAGGGCCAGAACAGUAUUCGGUUAAAUGGAUGGAAUAGUAGCCUAACUGAAAUCUGGACACUGCCUGUAGGUCAAUAACCUCUCACAUAGCCUAAUAUAAUAUUAACUCCUGCAGAAUUAAGCAUUCCUUGCAGUAAAAUGAUAAACCAAAUGUUAAUUUUGACUCGGGAAAGGGAGUGGAGAAAUAUUAUUUAUUUAUUUCAGCAUUUUGAGAGAAUGAAACAGAAUGGAACAGUUUAGGGACUGUCUGUAAAGGUGUUAUCUUUAUCAGCGUCAUAAAAGCUGAGAGUAUUUCAACCACAUCAAAUAUGCAUCCAAGACGAACUGAAGUCUUAUCAGUAACAUUUUGGGUUAUUUUAACAGCUUUUAAUUUCCUUAAAAACGGUCAAACUGAUGUCAUUUGGAAAUUUUGCACGGAAAAUCUUUCCAUUUGUAUUUAUUUUCUUGUUAUUGCAUUUCCUCCCCGGUCGAUAAACAUAUUUUCUCCGCUAGAGAAGCAGAGAUGAAAGAGAAAACAAACUUUACCAUGGCAACUAGGUUGAACCAUUCAUUCUAAUGAUUUAAGACAUUAUUCUGACGAUCAAGGGUUUAUUUAGUCUUCUAGGGCAACAUGUAAUGACAGAAGAGAAGCUGCAUGUAUCUAAUUAGGCUAGACAAGUUGACUAACAAAUAGCCUACCAAAAUGUCGGAAAAUAUAAGCAGAAACAUAGGACUAUCUAAAUAGGCCUGUCAAAAAAUCGUUCCGCCAUCUCUGACUGUACAGUGCAUUUUCUAUAUCUGUGGGUUACGGUUGGGUGCAGGCCUCAUGUUUUCACUUUAUCACAUAUAGUCGCGCGUUUGCAGAUGGGUUAUUAGCAAUUGUUAGCGGGUGCGGGUGAACAAACAGCUGACCUGCGCAUCACUAGUGUGUGUAUGUGUGUGUGUGUGUGUGUGUCUGUAUUUGUGCUUCUUUUGCACCUGCUGCAUUUAUGGUUCCCUCUCUCUCUCUCAGCGAUGGAAUCCAGUGGAUAACUUCUCGGAUCGCUUGUUGCCGAGCGACCGCUGGCAGUGGAGUGACAUCACAGGGCUGGAACAUCAACCCCUGGACAGUUUCCUAAUUCCCUCGACCAACUGGGAGUGGGAGGGGGACUGGUACAUUGACGAGACCUUUGGAGGAGAACCCACAGAGAAAGGAGUGAGUGUCUGUUGUUCUUCGCUCUCUUUCUCACUCUCUCUUUCUGUCAUUUCGCUAUCUUUCUCUCUCUCUUGUCUCCCCCAUUUUAUAUUUUCCCUCUUCUCUCCCUCUCUCUUUCUUUCUCUCUCAUUCUCUCUCUCUCUCCCUCUCUCUUUCCUUCCCUCCCUCUAUGUCCUUGUCUUAUCCCUCACCUAUGAUGAUUAAUGUGUGAAUGGGUUUGUCUGUGUAUCUGCAGGGUUGGACCUAUGCCAUAGACUUCCCUGCCACCUACACCAAAGACAAGAAGUGGAACUCGUGUGUCCGUCGCCGGCGAUGGAUCCGCUACAGGAGGUACAAGGCCACGGACACCUGGGCCAAGGUGUGUAUUUGGAGCAUGAUAAUCACCUGUCACAACCAGGAUGUAACUGUGUGCCUCUGCUGUGAAUGCUUUCUUCAUGUACAUACUUUGUAUUGUACUGUAGGUUUGUUUAGGCCUGUGUGUGUGUCCAUCCAUGUAUCCCUGCAUGUGUGUUUACGCCUGUGUGUACUCACUUGUGCCAUCCUGCCUGCCUGUGUGUGUGUGUGUGUGUGUGUGUGCUUGUGUGUGUGUUGACCCGUCUCUCUCUGUGUUACCAGAUCCCAUCAGAAGGUCACAGUGGUCCCCUACCAGACCCCUUUAAUGACAUCAGCUGUGGGGGCUGGGAGAUCAGUGAGGAGCCCAGGGGGAGGCUGUCUCUGUGGGCCGUCUCUCUACAGGGCAAGGUAAUACACGCACACUAAUGCAUGCACAUACACACAUACAACACAAAUGUAUUCCUAAACGAGCAAAUCAAUUUGAUUGACUAAUUGCCUGUGUGUGUUUGAUCUGUGUCAUUAGGUGUGGUUUCGUGAGGGUAUCCACCACCACAGCCCAGAGGGGGAUGGCUGGGAGGAGGUGUCUCUGCCUGGGGAGGUAGUGCAGAUCAGCUGUGGUCCAGGGGACCUGGUCUGGGCUGUGCUCUGGGAGGGUCAACUCAUCGUCAGGGAGGGCAUCACCAGAGACUGCCCACAAGGUGGCUGGUUGACAGAGGAAGUGUGUGUGUGUAUGUUAGAGAGAAGGAGAGAGAGAGCGCAUGCUUGUGUCUGUUUAUGAGAGGAGAGAGAGAGAGAGAGAGAGGGAGAGAGGGAGAGAGGGAGAGAGGAGAGAGGGAGAGAGAGAGAGAGAGAGAGAGAGAGGAGAGAGAGAGAGAGAGAGAGAGAGAGAGAGAGAGAGAGAGAGAGAGAGAGAGAGAUUCUGUCCUGUCAGACCUGGGCGUCUAAUGGUCUCUUUUCUCUUCUCUGUCUGUCAGGCUCCUCCUGGGUGGUGGUGGACUCUCCCAACCCAGAAGCCGGGGCCAUCCACAUAGCUGUGGGGGACAACGUAGUGUGGGCCGUCACCAAGGACAACAAAGUAAGACUAUAUAUAUGAAACACUCUCUCAUUUAGUCUUUUGUGCUUAAUUUAUGCUCUCUAUAUCUUUCCCUCUCUCACUCUGUGAGAAUGUCAGGAGUAUGUUCCUGAUGAUCAUCUCUCUGUACCUGUCAGGUAUGGUUCAGGCGUGGCAUCAACUCCCAUAACCCAUGUGGUUCAGGCUGGAUCGGGAUGGUCGGGGAGAUGGUCAUGAUCAACGUGGGGCUCAACGACCAGGUAAGGUUUUGAUCAAUGUUUAUUAACAGAUCUUCUAAUAGAUUGUCAAGUAAGUUCCCUGGGUGUGGUUUAUAAAUAUUCACUUGCCACUGUCCAUAGUGCUGAAACAGGUUUGGUCAGGCAUUCUACACAGGUCAAUGUCUGUUUGUUCUGACACUGUCCAGGUGUGGGGUAUCAGCUGUGUGGACCGGGCAGUUUAUUUCCGUCAGGGUGUGACCUCCAGUGAGUUGAGUGGUAAAGCCUGGAAGGCUGUCAACGUGCCCCGAGACGGAGACAUCAUGUCCCACUCCUCCGCCAGCACUAGCAGUCUGCACAGGUGGACAUGGACACACACAUUUCCAAUGCUUGGGCAAUCUCGUCUACAUAAAACGAUUAGCCAAACAGUCUGCCAGCUGGGUGCCCUGUGUAAUACUAAUCUCUCUCUCUCUCUCUCUCUCUCUCUCUCUCUCUCUCUCUCUCUCUCUCUCUCUCUCUCUCUCUCUCUCUCUCUCUCUCUCUCUCUCCUUCUUACUAUCUCACUUUCACUCUGUCACUCUCUCCUCUCUGACUCUCUCUCUCUCUUCUCUCCGUCCGUCCCACAGUGCUGGUUGUUUCUUCAGUGGUGAGGUCCGAGCCCAGUCUGUGAUGAGUGAAGACUCGGACACAGAGGGCGAUCCACAGAGGGCGGUCCUAGAAGUAGGGGCCUGCCUUUCUUCCCCUCCCCCCAAGCCCCCUCCCAUCGACCCUGACGUCACUAAACCACGCAUCCCUAAGGUCACCAGCGACAGCUUCAUCUCUGAGAUGCUCUCUGACCGCGAGGUCAAACGGGAGGGGGCCACCGCUGCCGCCACUGCCAGUCCCUCUAUCCCAGAAGAGGAAGUCGCUCUUGGGGAAUCAGAGGCCAAGUCUCCCCCUCCGGCCCUGGUUCUUUCCCCCAGCCUGUCUGGAGGGCCUGGGGACCCCCAGUGGAGUAAUGUGGACCUGGAAGAGACCCAGACUCACCUGGCUGUGGGGCCUGCCGUGGUGAGAGGGGACUCGGCUGACACCUGUAGCUUGUCCUCGGUGGCCACCUACACCCUGUAUCAGGGGGAGCCUUAUGGGGCGGAUGAACACCCGCUCUGGGCAUGGGUCAGUGGAGGAGGCUGUGGUGUGGACUGUCACUCCCAGCUCAACUGGUUCAGCUCUGCCACAGGUGAGACACAGAUACUGUAGAUAUUGUAUCGCCCUGAAAUUGUAUUUCUCCUGCAUAUCAAAACAAGCCUAACAAUAUGCAAAACUCCAGCUUCAACUCACAAUUACACCAGAAUACACACUUCUGACUGAUGUAACAGUGUCGCUCUGCUUAUUCCUUGUUGUUGUUGUUGAGCCACUGGAGUGUUUCCUCACACAUUGUUGAUCAAGUUUUGACCUUUGUCUUAUUGUCUCUCUCAGCCCUGACAUCUUCAGUCCAGUCCAUGAGUCUGUCCAUCAGUCCAGCCCAGACAGCUGCCUGGCGGAAACAGAUCUUUGAUCAGCUCAGCGAACGCUCUAAGAGAGAGAUGGACCACUUUAAACAUUACGAACAGGCCAUAGAACAGGUACCAACAACUUGAAAGUCCUUACAACUUGAACGCUUACAAAUGCUUUUUUUGGUUGCUUGCUUGAUUUAAUUAGGUCUGUUUAUGACUUGUCCUUGUUGUAUAGACGUUGAUUAGUCUCCCUCCCUCGUCCCCUCCUUCUCUCCCUUCCUCCCCUCCUCCUCUCCCUCCCUCCCCACCUCCGUCCCAGUCUGUGUGGGUGAAGAAAGGGACCAUGCAGUGGUGGAGGGACUGGAAGCCCCAUAAGUGGGUGGACGUGAGGUUUGUCCUGGAGCAGUUCUCAGGACCCGAGGGAAACAAGGACGGCAUCCUCUUCCUCUACUACACCUUCAACGAGGAGAAGAAGGUGAGGGGAGGGCCACAAUGUCUUUGUGUGCUUAUGUGUGUGUCUGUUUGUGUGUGUGUUUUCUGUGAUCUGUAAUGAGUUAUUUAUUCCUAAUUUACUCCCUCUUUCCAGUACCUGCAUGCGUUCAUCAAUGAGGUGACUAUCUUGGUGCCGGUGCUGAAUGACUCCAAACACACAUUUGCCAUCUACACAGCAGAGAGGACUAAACAGAGGUGGCCUAUCAGACUGGCUGCUGCCACCGAGGUGGAGAUGCACGACUGGGUAGGUUGUAUGAUCACUGUCUUACACCUGAACCUGACACACAGUACAGUGCUCCAUUUUCACUGAAAAUCAUAUGUUUUAUUCAUAAGCAAAUGUCAUGCUAAAUAUAGGAUGGCGAAAGGGUUAUGCCACAAAGAACCAGAUAUAACGAUAUUUUUAUAUGACCCUUUAUGUAGUACGACUUUGCCUCUAUGUAGGGCUUAUGAAGACUUUACGUAUGCUAUAUACAUCCUUUAUAAGUUGUCGUUUGGUAAAAGUGGGGCCUUAAUGUCUUGACUAUGUCUCUGUACCCCCAGCUGGCCCUGCUGAGUGUGUCGUGCUGUGACUCCCGGGGGAUCCAGGGUCCCCCCUCUAAACAGGCCAUCUGGUCAGUCACCUGUAAAGGAGACAUCUUCGUCUGUGAGCCCUCACCUAGCCUGGAGGCCUGUCCCUACCCCACACCCUGUGACCAGAUGUAAGACACGUCUUCUGGGCUGUUAUCAAUGCUUUAUAAAGGCUUGAUAAAUGAAACCUAUGAUUACAAAACUACAGUAUAUCAUGAAUUUGUUAUUUGUGGAUAAAUAGAUAGAUAUUUAUUGAUCAGAAAUAUGCACUUACAACUGAAUAGUCUUAACUGUCAACAAAUGUUUUAUCAGUCACUCUUCAAGGAAAAUGUUAGACUUUUCUUUCCUUUGUCUCUAACCACACGUUGCUCUGUCCUGUCUGUCCUGUCUGUCCUGUCUGUUCUGUCUGUGUGUGUGUCUGUAGGUUCUGGCGUCAGGUGGGGGGUCACCUGCGUCUGGUGGAGUGUAACAGUCUGGGGGUGGUUUGGGGGGUGGGCUAUGACCACACUGCCUGGGUCUACACUGGCGGCUAUGGAGGUGGAUUCUUCCAGGGUAAACACACUAAAUAUAUACUAAACAUAAACCUACUGGACUGGACUUAAAGCAUAUGCCAAACAUAACCAAGUACUCUAUAGCCACUAACAUGGAAACCAAACCGGCAACGUUGUGUGUGCGAGCAUUGCAAAAUAAAUAAACGCUUGCAUGUUAUUCAAUCAUUUCACCCAAACUGCUUGCACGCGUCAACGAACAUCUGCGUUGCUGAACGCUAAAAUAGAACUUGGUUCUAUUUGAGACGCUCAAUGCACUGCAAGUCCCGCCUCUCCCAUCUACUCAUUGGAGGAGAGAUUAAUCAAAGAUAACUAACAAAAAACAAACUAGGUUUCCCCUUUUAUCUGUGGAUUAAUCGUCAGAGUAGAGAAACACACCAUUUUGUAUGAUUCAGCACCGUAUUGUGCAUGUCAGGUAAAAUAACAACCCAAUGUUUAUCUUCCAGGACAAAUGCUAGCAACCUUGCUUAAUGUCCAUGAAUGUUUCUUGUGUGUUUUGACCUGUCCCCAAAUUGAUAUAGUUGGUUCUCAGUUAGUUUUGGUAUUUUUACCAGUGUGUCAUGAUUGCAUCUGGUGGGGAUAGACAAAAUCAACAUGCGCACGAUUGUGCUCGCGGACAUAAGCGCAGGGCCAGUUUGGUCAGGGUGAAAGGGUAUUUAUCAGCUCUAUUUUGUCUCAGCUCCUGACUAUAACCUCUCUCUUGUCUUUGUUAGGUCUGGCCAGCAGCACAGAUAACAUCUACACCCAGACAGAUGUGACGUGUGUCUACAUCUAUGAAAACCAGAGGUGGAACCCAGUCACAGGAUAUACCAACAGAGGCCUCCCAACAGAUCGCUACAUGUGGAGUGAUGCGACGGGACUGCAGGAGUGUACCAAGGCCAACACCAAGCCUCCAUCCCCUCACUGGACAUGGGUGGGUACCAUUAGAAGGACAAAGAAAUGUCAAUUUUACCCUCAAUAGAGAGCAAUAGUAAUGGCGUCUUUUUGUAGGCACUAACUCCGCCUUGGCUCAUUGGACAAAGCCUAUGGGGAAAUGAAUGGGGAUUUUGUAGGAGUUUAGGAUAAAUACCAAAAAUACGGUCUGUGGUAAACACAGGCUUAGGAGAUCUUAUACGUUUUGUUCUAUGAGAUCAUCUUCAUCAGCUACGUCAGUUUUUGUGAAUUUUGAAGCAUUUAUGUAAUCAAGUACAUAAAGGCUUCAUAAUUCAUAAAGGUGAUGUUAACUGACUGAUAUCUCAUAGAACAAAACUUAUAAGAUCUCCUAAGCCUGUGUUAACCUCAGACCUUAUUUUCGGCGUUCGUUCCCCAUUCAUUUUCCCCAUAGGAAUGGCUGAACGAACCAGGGGUAACUCGUUUCUGCUGGCGAGCUCUAUGGACAUUAUCACUUUUGAACUUAAACUAAACAUGCACAGAGUACCAGUAGAUGUCUAAAACGGUCCUACAAACAAAGCUUUUUUUGCUAACUGCUUUGUCUCUUAUCAGGUAGCAGACUGGGCCAUUGACUACGGUAUCUCCGGAGGGACAGACAGAGAGGGUUGGCAAUACGCAGCUGAUUUCCCAACGUAAGUGUAUCUAACCUUCUCCAAUACAUCUUCAUUGGUCUAUCUAUCGCAUAUCAAGCUGAAUCUUUUCCCUGCAUGAAAGCAACCAUAAUAUUUGUUUACCUCACUAUCAUGUGUUUUCUCUCCCUCUGUAUGGACUCUUCCAGGUCGUAUCAUGGCCACAAGACCUUGAAGGACUUUGUUCGUCGUAGGCGAUGGGCCAGGUACUGUAUGUUACUACAGAACAAUGGCUCUGUUCCCUCAUCACUGUUUGUUUAGUCAGCACAUAAUAAUAAUAAUAAUAAUAUAAGUAUUUUAUAUAGCGCUUUUCAUUACAAAGAGAAUCUCAAAGACGCUGUAAAAACAAACAAAACAAAUGUAGAGAUCUGGCAGGUGUUGGGCGAUGGUCUUCCACAGCUUCAGAUGACGAGGUGUUGUUCAGCCAGGUAGUUCAGAAAGGCUGGGCAGUACUUAAGCGGAUGGAGCCUCGAUGGCACAGAGAGGGAGCAGCGUCAGUCAGUUACUUAGACAGCCCGGUGCUUUUGAUCAGGCACCUCAUUCGUUGUCUGGUCCUCUGUAGGUAGGCUGGAUAGUCCACUACUGAAGUGUAGCACCCACCUAGGUGAUACAAUGGUCUGGUCUGCCUCAUUCUGCCGACUCAGUACUCUGUUUAAACAACCCUGAGUUUGAGCUCUAGGUAGAAAAAUGGCCCGUAAGCACAUAUCUAGGAUCAGCUUUACUCUACCUAAAUCCUAACCUUAGCCAUUGGGGGAAACACAAUAACUGACCUUAGAUCAUCUCUAGGGCAGAGUUCUUCAAUCCUGGUCUUGGGGACCCACAAGGAGUGCAUGUUUUUGCUCCAGCCCAUUACUAACACACCUAAAUUAACUACCGGUACACUGGUCUAGGUGCGACUUAUCUCCUAUUUUAACAACCCUUGUACACUAGAUGACCAAAUGUAUGUGGACACCUGUUCGUCGAACAUCUCAUUCCAAAAUCAUGGGCAAUAAUAUGGAGUUGGUCCCCCCUUUGCUGCUAUAACAGCCUCCACAAACCAUUUCUGUAUGGACCUCGCUUUGUGCACGAGGGCAUUGUCAUGCUGAAACAGGAAAUGGCCUUCCCCAAGCUGUUGCCACAAAGUUGGAAGCACAGACUCGUUUAGAAUGUCAUUGUAUGCUGUAGCUUUAAGAUUUCACUUCACUGGAACUAAGGGGCCUAGCCCGAACCAUGAAAAACAGCCCCAGACCAUUAUUCCUCCUCCACCAAACUUUACAGUUGGCACUAUGCAUUCGGGCAGGUAGCGUUCUCCUGCCAUCCGCCAAACCCAGAUUUGUCCGUCGGACUGCCAGAUGGUGACGUGUGAUUCAUCACUCCAGAGAACGUGUUUCCACUGCUCCAGAGUCCAAUGGCGGCAAGCUUUACACCACUCCAGCCGACGCUUGGCAUUGCGCUUGCGCAUGGUGAUCUUAGGCUUGUGUGCAGCUGCUCGGCCAUGGAAACCCAUUUCAUGAAGCUCCCUACCAACAGUUCUUGUGCUGACGUUGCUUCCAGGGGCUGUUUGGAACUCGGUAGUGAGUGUUCGAAACCGAGUACAGACGAUUUUCAGCACUCGGCGGUCCCGUUCUGUGAGCUUGUGUGGCUUACAACUUCGCAGCUGAGCUGUUGUUGCUCCUAGACGUUUGCACUUCACAAUAACAGCACUUACAGUUGACCGGGGCAGCUCUAGAAGGGCAGAAAUUUGACGAACUGAUUUGUUGGAAAGGUGGCAUCCUAUAUGACUGUGCCACGUUGAAAGUCACUGAGCUCUUCAGUAAGGCCAUUCUACUGCCAAUGUUUGUCUAUAGAAAUUACAUGGCUGUGUGCUCGAUUUUAUUCACCGGUCAGCAACGGGUGUGGCUGAAAUAGCUGAAUCCACUUAUUUGAAGGGGUGUCCACACACUUUUGUAUAUAUAUGUGUGUGUAUUUCCUCUGACAGGAAGUGUAAACUGACAACCACAGGGCCGUGGCAGGAAGUCCCGCCCAUCCCGUUGAGUGACGUGACCAUCGUCCCAUGUGGAGCUCAGAGCAGUGUUGAGCCGGUCCCUCUGUGGGCCAUCAGUAACAAGGGAGACGUGCUCUGUAGACUUGGGGUCACCCUACUGACGCCUGCCGUGAGUCACACACACAAACACAAUAUGUAAACAUACAACACACAUGUUCACCAUGAAUACGCACACAUUGUAUUUGAUAACUGAAGUGGUUGUGUGUGUUUCUAGGGGACGUCGUGGCUUCACGUGGGCACAGACCAGCCUUUUAAGUCUAUCUCCAUCGGUGGGGCCAACCAGGUGUGGGCCAUUGCCAGGGAUGGAUCUGCCUUCUACAGGGGCUCCGUGUCCGCAGAGAGCCCUGCAGGUCAGUCAGAGAACCACGCAGAACCCACACUCUCUGACAGAACCAAGGGUCUCCCUUCAGUCUUACUGCUAAUUAACAGUUCAGUCAAUCACUCAAAUGUAUUUCUAAAGCUGUUUUACAUCAGCAGUUGUCACAAAGUGCUUUACAGUGAUACUGUAGCUCAAUGUUUCCUUUUUGAAGGAGCUUACCUCUCUGGGCUCUGGUUCAUAUCACAGAGAUGCACUUUAUGAUGAAAGUAGACUAACCACUGGCUGUUUAAUGUACUAUUGCCCCCUGCAGGAGACUGCUGGUACCACAUCCCCUCUCCUGCCAGACAGACACUCCAACAGGUGUCUGUAGGGAGGACGUCGGUCUACACUGUGGAUCAAAAUGGUACAACAGACAAGAAUUUUAUGACAUACUAUGACAUUUGCCUUUAUUAUCAGCUGUCUAUUAGUUGUACCAUCUCAAUUAUUUAUUUUUAGCAGGAUUUUAAUGCUGUGCUCUCUAUCCAGGUAACCUGUGGUUCAGACAGGGCCUGACUCCCAGCUACCCCCAGGGAUCGUCAUGGGAACACAUCUGCAACAAUGUACGCAAGGUCUCCGUAGGACCUCUAGACCAGGUGAGCAGAACCUACAAUCUAAAACCUGGGUGGUUGUUGUUGGUAGUAAUUCAUCAUAAUGACUUUCUCUUUUCUCAAAAUUCAACGCUCUUUACAUUGCACUGUGUUGACUAACUCAACCCUUCUCGUUGUUGUGUAGGUGUGGAUCAUAGCUGACAAGGUGCAAGGCAGCCAAAGUCUGAGCUGUGGGACAGUGUGUCACCGUCUGGGGGUUCAGCCCAUGGAGCCCAAGGGACAGUCCUGGGACUACGGCAUCGGAGUGAGACCCUUAACCUUACCUCUAACCCUGACCCUAACCCACCAACCUGCUUCUGAGUCAACAAUGACUUUACAUUUACAUUACAUUUGAAGAUUUUCUUGGUGGGGGGGCUGUCUGACUGUCUCUCUCCGUCUGUUAUCUUUCUCUCACACUCUCUCGUUCUCUCUCUCUCCCCCUCUUCCUCUCUCUCUCUCUCCUCAGGGUGGCUGGGACCACAUCACUGUGAGAGGGAACUCAAUUGAGGCGCCUCGUGUCCGUAUGCCCUCCCUGACACCCUCCCUCACCGCCUCCCUAAUGGACCCCCUCCGCCCCCUUCCACCCCGCAGCCCGCUCCCCGUCAUGAUCACAGAGAAGGAUAAUGGGAAUGCUGUCAGGUGU